GUUUGAACGGUCAAGCAGUACCAAUCUGGGUAACCAUGGCAGAAGGAGGGUUCGAUCCCUGUGAAUGCGUUUGCUCUCACGAACAUGCGAUGAGGAGGCUGAUCAACCUGCUACGACAGUCCCAGUCCUACUGCACGGACACAGAGUGUCUUCAGGAAUUACCAGGACCCCCUAGCGACAAUGGCAUCAGUAUUACCAUGAUCUUGAUGGCCUGGAUGGUUAUCGCGGUGAUCUUAUUCUUACUGAGACCUCCUAACCUAAGAGGAUCCAACCUACCUGGAAAGCCAACCAGUCCUCAUAACGGACAAGAUCCACCAGCUCCUCCUGUGGACUAACUUUGUGACACAGGAAGUGAAAAUAGCUAACACCUUGCACGACCAAAUGAACGAAGACGACCGGAGUACUCUUAACCCCGUUAGAACUGUCGUUCCUCUUCCAUCUGCGAUCCGGGAUGGUAUUGUUUUCAUGAGCUUCUAGAAAUUUCACACGCAAGCUUAUUUUUGCUUCCUGUCUUAUCACCAUUCUUCUUUACAGUAUAUUUGAGUAAAUGAUUCUAUUAAAAGAGUUCCAUGGGGCUUUUUUGGUUGUCCUGAACUUAGACAUUCCACUCAUUUUGUUUGUAACUGUGAUCCUAAGUUUUGUGAUGAUUUCUGGCUUGAUUGAAGGAAAUCUGAAAUCUCUGCAUUUAAAUAUUUUGAAUAGUUUUGGUAGAUUUUAAAUUGCCUUUUUUUCCCUCCCCAUAAGGUAUUUAUAAAGUUAUUUGGGGUUGUCUGGGAUUGUCUGAAAGAAAAUUAGAACCACACACUGUAUUUCCACUUACCUUGACAGUUUAUUAGGCAGUUUUCUGUAGUUCCUGGAACUACGAUGGCUUGGGUAUUUUCCAAAUCGAAGCUGAGAUCUGUAUUAUCCAUUAAAACUGGUUUAUAUGGGUAGGGUAGGAGGGGAAGAGAAAUGAAAUGGUUGUUUAUUAAUUUUUUUACUCCCAUUAAAGAUGUCUAAUGAUAAAAGUUUAAAUAAACAUGAUUGAUCAAUGUGGUAGACGAUUUACAGUCCAUUUUGUGACAUUUGUAAGCCACUGUACGCUAGCUAGCCUUACGAGAUUCAUGAGAGAAAAAGUUCAUUUUUUUCUGCCUUUGCCACGUAUAAUCUAUACAGUAAUAACUUAAGCUAUAUUUUAUGUUUUAAAUGAGUGCCUCUCAAGAAGUUUCUUUUCUGUCCUAACACUUCCCUGUUUAAAUGAAACUAUCUUAAAAUUAUAAUGGGGCUUGGUAGGUUGCUGACAUUUGAAUCCCUAUUUACUUAUUCCAUCCUUUUAUUUAAAGAAAAACUUAGAAUCUUUUGUUAUCCUGACCUUUACAUUUUGGUAAUAAAUUCUUGUUUUCUUCCAAGGGAAAAGGAGGAAAAUGAGAAAUAAUCAAGGAUAUUUUCCUCACCCCUUAAUCACAUUCUGGUUUGGUAAUGAGAUGAGAAAGAAGCAUUAAUGUAAAUGAAAUUUCAAAAUGUAUUAACAAAACUAAAGGACUGCAUUAUUUUGCUCAAAAGUUGAGCACAUACUAUUGUAUUUUGUAAAUGUCUGCAUUACCUAUGUGAUUAUGGAACUUUAUGGGUUUUUUCUGGCAAGUGAUCGUAGAUGAUUUACGGGGCUAGAAAGUAUUUUGCUAUCAAUGCGAAGGGCUUUCCCCCUUUAGGUCAGUUUAGAUUUUCACUGUUAGAUCAAGAAAUGACUUGUAUGAAUUGAAUACAUAACUCUGUAAUAUUGUACUGCUUCAUAGUCGCUGGGACAGUUGUGUGACACUCAUAGGGAAUUUUCUCCCCUUAUUAUGAUUACAUUGUAGGCCAUAGACAUUGUAAGGGCAUCAUUCCGUUAUAUAAUCAAGUAUUGACUGCUUCAUGUGUUCUUGGGCAUCUUAGCUUUGAGCUUCACUUCCGGAAAUAGUAUAACCAGCUCAGUCACUUGUGCUGAGAGAGGGUAACGUAACACAGGUAAGUUAAACCCUAGGUAAACGGACACACAGGGUUUUGGUCUCGCAGUGGUUUCCCGGGAGCCAUCCCAGCCCUAUACCCGGUAAACUCAUUGAAAGGAGAAAGGACCAGAACAGCGUGAGAUGGAGCUAAAUCUUGCCCUAGCCCCUUGAAUUUUGAAGGCUUGCCUCUAUAUCCUAACAGUUGUUCUUUAAACCGCUAGAAAGCCAGUCCCUGGUGGAGAUUCUGUUGUUUUUGAAUUUAUGGCUCACGAAUAAUUGAGAAUUGGCUUUGGUUGAAGAAGUGGCCUACACAUGGAUACAGAAUGUUUUAAGUAUUAGAGGAUUCUUAAUCCUAGUUCUUCCGUUCUGACACACAUAAUUGACGUUAUGUCUAAAUAGAUUAGACCUUCCCUAUAUGGAGCAUCUAUUUAGUCACAAAAUUCUUAGGGAAGUCUUUAGUCUUCGGAUUUUUGCUUGUAAAAUUUCUCUGCAUUUUUGAAAAAGAUAGUAUAUAGCACAUAAAGUGUUCUCAUUAGCCUAACCAGUAAUUUAUAUUCUAUUUAAUUCUUAAAGCUUCUACACGUGGCCUUUUUGUUGAGCACACUUUUUCAUCAUUACAUGGCUUGUAAACGUUCACCUGAACUGUGGCUACAGUCCUUUUAAAAUAAUCUGGAGAAAAGAUCGAUAAAGCGUACAUUUUCAUUACUUUCGGUUCGGAAACAUCCUACAGUACCAUUAAGAGUUUAUUUUGUUUUAGAGUCAUUUAAUGUUCUUUCAUGCGAAACAGUGGUGGUUUUUUGUCCCCCCACCUUCCUUUCCAUAUGGAAAAGAUCAACAUUGGAGCUGUGUGUAGGAAAGGAAUUUAUGAUGUGUCUAUCCAAGCACUACCCACGGGCAGCAAGUCCUACUUGCAUGGGUUUUCCCAAGUAACUCUUGAGCACCGCUAUUCCAUGGUCACCUUUAGUGUCUAUGUGCUAUGCGAUAUGGUAGUGUCUAUGGAAUUCCCACUAUCUUAAAUUUUCAAAGAAACCUUGGAAAUCCAUCUUUCUAAACCGAAGUCUAUCACUCUAAGUGGAUAUGUGUUCAAAUUUGACCAGCUCAGUUUAAGACCCAAAACAGCAACCCGAAGAAGGAAAAAUGAAGAGCUCACAGUUAAUGGGCAAAAUUUUUGUUGCUGCAAUGGUAGGUUUAGUCUUACUAUAUAAUAUUUCUAAGUGAAAAAUCAUAUGUAUUUGGUACCAUGUCUGAUGAUUACUUUGUUCAAAGCAACAGUGGUCAUGUGAUCUCCUAAAUGUCAAUUGCUGUUUUGAAUGUUUAAAUCAUGCCAAACAAAUCAUGUCUGUGCCAUCCAGGGUUUAUUGUUAAUCUUUUACUGAGUACUUGGAUUGGGAUAAAGGGCUUGUACUAUGCACUUUUUAUGAAUAAAUAAAUAGAAAAUGUUA